UCAACAAUGUACAAUCGAUUUGGUUAAAUGAAUUCGAUCGAUUAAUCGAUUGUCAAAAAAAAUUUUUUUUGAGAAAAGAGAAUCGAUAUAAUAAUUUGUAAUAGAUUUAAAUAAUCAGAUUAUAAAUGCAGUCUCCAUCAUUAGCAUCAUCAUAUGAUCCAUUAUAUCCUUUACGUACACGUUGGUGGAUUUGUAAAUCGAUUUAUGAUUUAUUCGAUAUUCAAAUUCAUCAAUUUAUGUUACAAGUUUUUGGUCCAUUAGAAACGUUUCAUAUAUUACAGAAUCGUUUGGAAAAGCUCAAUAUAUUGGAUCAAUUAUUCGUACCAUUGGGCGUAUAUGCUGUGUUUGUAUUGAUCGAUGGCCUUGAUCAUCUUAUAGAAUUUGUACGACAUGAAUUGAUCACUGCUUCGAUAUUGGAAGGAAUCAAUUUUAGUGAUGGUGAUAAUCCAACUAAUGAUUUAUUGGAUGUUGAUUGAUUAAAAUAAAAAAAUUCCUAACUGUUGCCGUACAUAACAACUGCUGCUGCCAUCUAGUGAUCAAUAAAUUUAAAUUUUUCAAGUUAAAAAAAAAAAA